UUAUCGUUCGAGCCAAAAUUUUCAUGCAGGAGAUUUGGCUGCAGGAACUUGGGUGGGACGAAAACAUUCCAAAUGAGCUUUUUCAGCGAUGGCUGAAUUUUCUUCAAAGUUAUUCAGUGUUAGAGCAGAUACGCAUUCCACGCUGGCUAUCGUUUCGUCCAGAUUUCAAGGUCGAGCAUCAUGGCUUUUGCGAUGCGUCGCAAAAGGCUUACGGGGCGGCCAUAUAUGUCCGCGUAGAAGUGGGCAGCACCAUUAUGGUGCAACUCCUGACCGCGAUAACCCGGGUAGCACCAGUCAAAACGGUUUCGCUCCCAAGAUUGGAGCUGUGCGGAGCGUUAUUGCUUUCCGAAAUGGCUGCAGCCAUCAUUCCGCAGAUGCCUACGACUACCUCCGAACUUUGCUGUUGGACGGACUCCACGAUAGUGCUUGCAUGGUUAAGCAAGCCAGCAUGCCAGUGGACCACAUUUGUAGCCAAUAGGGUGACGAAGAUCGCCCAGGCCACAAAAACAGAGAAUUGGUCUCAUGUUCAAUCUGAGCAUAAUCCAGCAGACCUGGCAAGUAGAGGAGUUUCCCUCCAAGAUCUAGCCGAUAGCCAGUUAUGGUGGCACGGACCGACUUGGUUGCAAAAUCCACGCAACCAAUGGCCAACUCGGGUCAACGCUCCGGUGACCGAGCUGGAGAAGCGUGCUCUAAAAGUCCAUCUCGCAAAAGCUCCUUCUGAAGAGUUGUUGGCACGUUUCUCCAAGCUAGAGAAAGCUUUACGAGCCCUUGCUUAUGUUUAUCGCUUCAUUCAGCGGUGCAGGAAGCAGACAUCUCCAUCUGAUGUGCAUCUACUGGCCACUGAAAUCGCCGCCGCCGAGCGGUUCCUAAUUUCGAACACUCAGCGCAGAGAAUUCCCUGUGGAAUAUCACUGCCUAAGUGAAAAGCGUCCAGUGCCAAGUUCAAGUGCCAUCCUAAGCAUGAACCCGUUUCUAGAUCCGCAAGGACUGAUCAGGGCAUGCGGCCGUGUGGCGGCUUCCGAAAGCCUUCAAUACAAUGAACGCCAUCCAGUGAUUCUUCCGUACAACUGCCUGCUUUCUCGCCUCCUUGCGAAUUUCACGCAUCGCAUAACUCUCCAUGGUGGUAACCAGUUAAUGGUGCGCCUCAUCCGGUCGAAAUACUGGAUUCCGAGAAUCAAGAACCUGAUGAAGCAGUGGUAAAUUCGUGCAAAGUAUGUGUGAUCCACAAAAAGCGGUUG